GAUGUUGGCAGUUCACCGGAGGGUGACUGUUGCGCUUGUACAGCAACAAUUUACAAUGCUUAAAAAGAGCUAUGAAGUGCUUGUACGUUGUGUAAAUUAUCUUUGCAACAUUAUGGGACAGUUUUAAAUUUCUGAUAAACUACUGAGCCUGUGUUGCAAAAUGUGCUAGAUUUGCCUUUACGAUGUUGGAAUUUCAAUAAUAUUAUGCAGUUAAGCAGUUCGCGGUCUCCGGUUUUAUGCUGUUGCAUUUUGUGGUUCAUACCAUCACUGAUCAAGUCCGAUCCCAUCUUUCGACCAAAUGUUACACUUCCACAAGAAGUGCUAACCUCAAAUGUUCUUAAACUGAGAGACGAUGUCGAUAACCACAUUAUUAAUUCAGCAAAUUUCCCUGACAAUUAUCCCAUAAAUACCAACGUGACUUACUGGUUUCGUGGAAUGGGGCGUCCACUGGAAAUUAUUUCAGGAUCGUUUGACCUCCAACCGGCAGAGCCGAAUGGAACUUGCAUGAGGGAUUACGUUGUAUUCUGGGACUUAAAAUAUCCCUAUCAAAUCUUGCAGAUGUUUUGUGGAAGUGGAAACUUUAAGUUUAAAUCGUAUAGCGAUUCCGUAUUAAUGCUUUUUGUGUCGGAUGGCAGUCAGACAUCUAAAGGCUUCCAAAUCGGUUUUCACAAAAGUCCGAACUGUGCGGAAGACGAGCUUAUUUGCCAGUCAACACCUGUUUCCUCGAUCAGCGGGAGAACUUUGAUAAAGUGCGUGCCAGCUGAUUAUAUUUGUGAUGGAAAAGCUGACUGCGCUGCCGGUGAAGACGAGGUGUGUACUCAGACGUGCGGCAUUCCAGAUGAUGCUUCAUCGAGCGGUACCGACACGCGGAUUGUGGGCGGUGUAGAUGCAGUACCAUAUGCCUGGCCGUGGCAAGUUUUGGUGUCAAUUUCGUCGUCAAUUUGUGGAGGAUCUAUUAUUGGACCCGGGUGGGUUGCAACAGCUGGACACUGCUGUCAACAGCGUGGCGAACCGGUACCCAUCGAGAACUUCAAAGUGAAGGUUGGCUUCCAGAGAUGCGACAGUUGGGACGACGGUACUACGCUGACUCUUGACAAGGUCGUCAUACAUCCAAACUACAGCGUUUCGGGUUGGGGAGCAAAUUACGAUUACUGCCUGCUUAAACUUUCAACGAACCUGACUUUCUCGCCGAAAAUAAAGCCGAUAUGUCUGCCGCGACCAUACUCCGGGCCGCUAAAUAAGCAAACCUGUACGGCGACGGGAUGUGGCAACAUGGUUCAGUGGAGUGGAGAAGGCAUCAUGCCACCUCCAAAACUUCCCGUAAACCUCCAAGUGGUGAACUUAUCAACCCUGUCUAAUGCUGACUGUUCCAAGCAAUUUUCCACCAUCACAGCAGAGAUGUUAUGUGCAGCGAAACCUGACAAAGACACCUGUCAAGGAGAUAGCGGCGGGCCAUUCGUAUGCAAAGGCCCCGCUCCAAAUAUACCGAAGCAAUACCAGUUGUCUGGGAUAACAUCCUUUGGGCGGGGCUGCGCGUCCGGUUUGCCGGGCGUUUUUGCUGAUGGGCGCAGACUUCUUCCAUUUUUGAUUAACACUCUAUAUGCCAAUGGAAUGUGGGGAUGGUUUGCUGAUACUUCUGUUCCGCUCUUGGAACCACAAAAGCGUCCGCGAUCGUUCUGGGAGCCCAGUGUAGUUGACCAGUUAUCAUUACGGACGGGAGGUGACCAGGGUAAUGUGACCCAGAGUCACGCUUUGAGUCUCCAUAAAGCAUCCAUUGGAUUUGGCCUUUUAAUACUAAAAUUUUUAAUCUUGAUGUUUCUUAGUUUGAAUUGGACAAAUGUUCUCUGAUUUCUGCUGUGAUAACCAAAUCAGAGCUGUUGCGAUUGCUUUUAAAGGAAGUGUGCCCCACUUCAGUAUUCUGACAGCCAAUCAAGUGGUGGCGUUUCCUUUCGUAUAUUUGGCAGCACUGACUGAUUUUUUGUUGAUUAUUUCUACACCAGCAUAGUACGAGCAGAAUGUAUUAAGGUAAUGUAUUAAGGUAAUGUAUUAGCCAUACUGUACUCACACUGGUACGAGAUUCCGCAAAUUAAACUUGGCAACAGAUG